AUGAACUCCUCCAACGCCGCCCGUGGCACAGAAACAGACAGCGAUGAGUCGACGCCUUUCCCCGUCACCCCUCCCCGUCAGAUCAUUCAUCCCUUCACCUCUUCAAGCUCCUCCAACGGUGCCGACUUGACCGUCUGGGCGCUGGACCAAAUCUAUUCUUCAUGUUUCUCCGACGACCCACGCGGCUGGGACCGUACCCGCGCCUUUCUCGGAAACCUUUCUCCCCAUCUGCGAGCCGUAGUGUCCUAUUUCCCCGACUCGGCAAACGGUGAAUACUGGACGCCUUUCCCCUUGUCCAACGAGGACUUUGAGUGUCUCAAGCGGUCCAAGUUUCACGCGGAUGAAGAUCUGAAGUACGACUAUGACGCCCUCUUCGAAAUCCUCGUCUUCAGAAUGCCGGAGCCGCAUGCGCAUAGCCAUGUGCAGGUUCGCCUGGCCUACAAGAUCGUGGCUCAGCUGGAAGCAAUUGCGGAACACAAUGACACUGUCAAACCCUUCAUCAAUCGUCUCUACGCCUCCAUCCUGUCCCCGUUCGAAUGCACGGACUCAGAACGUCAUCCUGAUUUUAGUGCCCACCAUCUCUCCCAGCCAAAGCCAGCGGUGAUAGGGGAAGUCGCUCUCCUUGAAACCGGGAAGAAUCUGGACCGCCUGGCAGACGAGUAUCACUUCGAAUUGCGAAGCUACAUCAACGUCGUGUUCGGACUCAGAUUUGGAUUUUGGAAGAAUGAAAAUGGCCACGUCAAGAUAUCAGCCAUGUUGUCGACCUGGAGACCAGUCUUGAGGCAUGGGUUGUAUGUCGGUUCACGGUGCGAGGAUGUCAUGCUUUAUGACGAGUUUGGAAACAAGAUUGUUGACGAACACGCCGGCUUGCGUUUGUCCCUGGAGGACUUCGCGUUCUUUCGUCUUCCCACCGAGUUCCCGGGUCUGGACCAAUAUACAGUCUUCGUUUCCGUCGAAGAACUCCAAGAGAUGCUGGGCGAGGCCGCAGAAAUUCAUCAGGCAUAUGGCUGGACACGGAUACCAUAA